AAGCAAUUUCAACAUUCUCUCUUUUCUCUCUCUCUCUUUGGAAUCUUCCUUCUGCGUGGAACCCUAACUCUGAUUACGUACCUACUCAUUAUUUAAUACUUGAGCUAUUUUUAAUUGGGGUUGCAGGCUUAACCAAUCAAUCAUUUGGGGUUGGAGGAACAAGAGGAGUGAGGUUCAAUUUUUCGGUUUUUAAUUAGGGUUUCUUCGUUUGGUGCCGAUCCUCUUGUUUCUUGAGACUCUGAAAUUUAUGCAAGUUUUGACUCUGGUGGGUGGUUGUUAAAUCAAAUCAACGAAAAUAAUCCAUUUUUUCUUCUGGGGUAGUGGGAAAUGGAUUUCGGGGUUUCUGAUGAGAUGUUAGGCACUUUUGUGCCAAUAGUAGUUUACUGGGUUUAUUCUGGGAUUUACGUUGUUCUGGGGUUGUUUGCUGAGAGUUAUCGGUUACACUCGCAGCAAGAAGAAGAUGAAAAAAAUUUGGUGUCAAAGGGUGCUGUCGUUAAAGGUGUUCUCCUCCAACAGCUAGUUCAGGCUGUGGUUGCAACCCUCUUGUUUGCGCUGACAGGAAGUGAUAGCCAAAAUACUACCAGCCAGAAUACUUCUCUACUUGUUUUAGCAAGACAGUUUGUUACUGCUAUGCUUGUAAUGGACGCAUGGCAAUACUUUAUGCACAGAUACAUGCAUCACAACAAGUUCCUAUACAAACAUAUCCACUCUCUACAUCACAGACUCAUUGUACCCUAUUCCUUUGGAGCUCUGUACAAUCACCCUGUGGAGGGGCUUCUGAAUGACACCGUUGGUGGGGCUCUAUCUUUCCUACUCUCCGGGAUGAGUCCUCGAGCCUCGAUCUUCUUCUUCUCCUUCGCCACAAUUAAAACAGUGGAUGAUCACUGUGGCUUAUUGCUCCCUGGCAACCUUUUCCACAUAUUUUUCAAAAAUAACUCAGCCUACCACGACGUACACCAUCAGCUCUAUGGCAACAAGUACAACUUCUCACAACCAUUCUUCAUCAUGUGGGACAAAAUCUUGGGUACUUACAUGCCUUAUACGUUGGAGGAGAGGGCAGGUGGUGGUUUUGAAACUAAACCUUGCAAAGUUUACAAGGAUGAUUGAUUAACCUUUUUGCUUCACGAGCAUUUUUAUCUGUAUUAGUAUUGUUUUUCCUUGUUAUGAGCAGCACUGCCUGAGUGGUCAUGCCUGUAUAUACAUAUCAUGUGUCCUGUUCUAUAUUUUUGUUUCCCUUAUGUCCAUACUAGAUAGACUUAAUAAAGGAAAUUAAGGAGUUACCUAUUACUGUUUGAUUUUCACCUUUGUAUUGCUUGCUGCUACAUUCAUAUCAUAUCGUAGUCAUACCUUGUAUCCUUGUAUUGCUUACGCAUGCAAUCUUUGAUAUCCUAAUACUUCAUUUGUUUUGCCCA